CCUGCUACUGUCAAUCCCUCUUCUAUUCGAGUUUGUCGAAUAUUAUUGAAAUAAGUGAAGACUGUGAAUUUGGUAAUUAAUUAAUUUUUUGAAUUAAAUAAUUUUUAGUAAAAGAGUCCUCGAUUCAUAAUUAUAAUUUCAUACGAAGUAUAGUACGACAAUUAAAGCUUUGGAUUUCAUCAUUCAAUAACAAAUUUAAAAGUAUGUCACUAAUCGAUAAAUUACAAGAGCCUGGUGACAACAUACCAUUGGCCGACGAGGACACACAAGUAAUUAUUAAUGAUGAUGAUCCACAUCAACAUAUACCAAAUGGACAUUCGAUGGAUUCGCUGCGCUCGUCUUUUACUAAUCGCAGCUCCACACCUGACUCAUCACAUAAUUCAUUGGAAGUAGACGUAAGUCCCGAUGAGAAGGAAGAAAAAGCUCGCCUUAUUACACAAGUAUUGGAAUUGCAAAAUACUCUCGAUGAUCUCUCACAGCGCGUUGAUUCUGUAAAGGAAGAAAACUUAAAAUUACGUUCUGAGAAUCAAGUGCUUGGACAAUACAUAGAAAAUUUAAUGUCAGCUUCCUCUGUAUUCCAGUCUACAAGCCCAAAUGCAAAGAAGAAGUAAAGCACAAAUAGAGUAGAGUAAUC